AUGCAAUCCCACGCCAUGCCGCGCGACAUCAUCAUCGUCGGCGCUGGCAUCGCCGGCCUCGCCUGCGCCAUCUCCCUCUCCAAAGAACUCACCACCUCGACCCCCGACCUCAAAAUCACCGUCUACGACGGCGCCCCCGGCCCCUCCGCCUCCGGCGGCGCCAUCAGCCUGACCCCAACAGCCCAGAAUUACCUCGACAAACUGGGCGUCCUCUCCGAACUCAACCGCAUGGGCAGCGACUCGGGCAUCGAAGUCGACAUCAUCGAACUCUUCUCCCUGCGCUCCGGCCGCCGCCUCGGGCCCCUGCGCUUCACCGACGAAAACGGCCUGGGAUACGGCGGCUACAAGGGCCGGCGAGUGAUGCGCAGCGCCCUCUCGCGCGCCAUGCUCGCCGUCCUCCGCAACAACCACCCCAACGUCACCGUCCACUACGACAAGAAAGUCGUCGGCGGCACCACCGCAGACCCCACGUCCGUCACCCUCACCUUCGACGACGCCUCCACCGCAACCGCCGACUUGGUCCUGGGCUGCGACGGCGUCCACUCCAUCACCCGCACCCGUCUCGUCGACCCCGGCAACCGCUCCGAAUACACCGGCAUCGCCUUCAUCCAGAGCGUCACUGACGCCAACGCCCUCCCCAUCUCCAUGCACUUCAAGCAGACCGCCGUCCAUCUCACCCGCCACUCUUCUCUACUUACCAGCUAUUGUGAUCCAGACCGCUCGAAGAUCUUCUCUGCUGCCAUCCUCCGCGUCAAUGAGCAUCUUAUCGAGCGGUAUCAGGCCGCUGCGAAACUCGAUUGCCGGGAGCAGGCGAGUAUGAAGAUGUCGAUUCGGUAUCUGGUGCGCACUCAGUUUGCUAAAUCGGCUCUUCCCGCGAUUAGGGAGUUGCUGGAUCAUACGGAGGAUUGGGCCCUUUAUCCGGUUUACCAGGUUCGGCAGCGCGGGAUGUGGCAUAAGGGGCGGAUUUUGUUGUUGGGGGAUGCGGCGCAUGCGAUGCCCCCCCGUGACGAAUCCGCCGCCUACGCAAUCGAAGACGCCCUCAUCUUCACGCAAAUCCUCUCCCAGAACCGCCACGCCCCCCUGUCCGCCAUCUUCCAAGAAUACGAGACCGUGCGCCGCGAGCUCGUCAACCGGGCCUUCGACGCCUCCCGCCGCCUCUGGCAGAGCGAUCUCGACAAGGGCCUGUUCCCGGGCCACGUGCGCGGGCUGAUGGCGCCGGUGCAUGUGUCUCCAUCUCCUCCCGGGAUGGGGAUGGGGAUGGUGGUUGCGAAUGCGAAUCGGGGGGCGUCGGCAGCCACGCAUCAGAGUUUCUCGGAUCUGUCGGUUUAUUCCCUGACGAGAGAGUUUCAGGGGGAGAUUGAUUCGUGAGGGGAGGGAUGUGUUGGGAUGGAGUUAAGGUGCUUUUGCUGUGUUCGGUUCUCGGGAAUACCUAGACUUAGUUGUUCUUUGCUGUCUGUAAUGUCUAUUUUAUCGGGACAAAAGCCAUGGGAUGGGUAUGGUAUGGGAUGGAUAUAUGGGUGGAGUUUCGGUGAUCGAAAUGAGGGUUCAAACAUACAUAGUACUAGUUAAUACAUAAGCCAAUGGCAGAUGGCCUGGCCCGGCGUGGCGUCACCG